UUUAGGUAAUGCCAUGUACUCCAACUAGUACAUUGUUGGGCAAAGCUAAUGACAUUUUUUGGCUCCAAAAACUACCACUUGAAAUCUAGCAAACUCAUUCUUCAUCUCUUAGAUCAUCAUCAAUGGCUUACCAUCCCACAACUAAAGCAAAUUCAAUCCCACCUCAUCGUUUCCGGCACCAUUUCCGAUUCUUACGCUGCUGGAAAACUCGUUUUCGCCUUUGCUAACCACCCAACUCAUCUUUCUAACGCUUAUCAACUCCUCAUUCGCUCACCUAAUCGAUCCAGUUACAUGUGGAACACUUUAAUCAAGUUUUUUAUUGAUAAUAAUGAACCCACCCAAGCAAUUUCUCUUUAUAAGAACAUGUUUGCAUAUGGGUCUUAUCCCAAUAAUUAUACUUUCUCAUUUGUUAUUAGAGCUUGUAAUAAUCUUUGUGAUUUGUCUGUAGGGUUAAUGCUUCAUGCUCAGGCUAUCAGAUUGGGUUGGGAAUCUUAUGAUUUUGUGCAAAAUGGGUUGAUCCAUUUGUAUUCUAUAUGUGAUUCUGUUGAUUUAGCUGGUAAGUUGUUUGGUGUGAGUGUAAGUAAGGAUGUGGUUACAUGGACUGCAGUGAUUAAUGGGUAUGUUAAAGCUGGCCGGAUUAUAGAUGCUAGAGAACUGUUUGAUAAAAUGCCUGAGAGAAAUGUGGUUUCUUGGAGUGCUAUGAUUACUGGGUAUGCCCAAAUGGGAUUGUUUAAAGAGGCUUUAGAACUCUUUAAUGAUAUGCAAAAGUCCGGUUUUCGACCAAAUCAUUCGUCUCUAGUGGGGGCAUUGACAGCUUGUGCAGCUCUUGGAGCUCUUGAUCAAGGAAGGUGGAUACAUGCAUUUGUGGAUAGAAAUAGGAUGGAAUUGGAUGUCAAAUUAGCCACGGCUCUUGUCAAUAUGUAUGCAAAAUGUGGGUGUAUCGAAAUGGCAAAUCGUGUGUUUGAAAAUAUGCCUUCUAGGGAUGUGUUUGCAUUCACUUCUUUGAUAUCUGCACUUUCAAAUCAUGGGCAGAGUGAGAGGGCAAUUGAGUUGUUCAAAAGGAUGCAAUUUGAAGAGGUUACUCCAAAUGAAGUCACUUUUGUCUGCGUGUUGGCUGCAUGUAGUAGAAUGGGUUUGAUCGAUGAGGGGUUGCGAGUAUUUGAAAGCAUGAAAAACUGGUAUGGAAUCGAUCCGGGAAUCGAGCAUUAUGGUUGCUUAGUUGACCUAUUAGCAAGAUCAGGCAUGCUGCAAGAGGCAGAACAGCUAGUUAGAAAGAUGUCAAUGGUGCCCGAUUCUUAUGUGUUGGGUGCAAUACUCAAUGCUUGUCGACUUUAUGGCAAUGUCGAGCUAGGGGAAGACAUUGUCCAACAAUUGAGUGAUCGAGGUCUUGAUUAUAGUGGAGUACACACACUGCUUUCGAAUAUUUAUGCAUCGGCAAAGAAGUGGGAUGGAGUUACGCACGUAAGGGAGCAAAUGCACGAGAACAUGGUCAGGAAAGUGCCCGGAUGCAGUUUGAUUGAAGUCGAUGGUGUUGUUUCUGAAUUCAGAGCUGGGAAAAGGAGUCGCAAGCAGAUGGAAGACAUUAUAUCAACUUUGCUUCAUAUGGACAAACACUUUCGGUCUUUCCAGCUAGAUCAUAGUAUUGUUCUCGGUUGAAUCCUAGAAGUAUAUCGGUUCCACCCUUGUCAACAAUAUAUCGCAGAAAUGAGAUAUUACAAGCCACAGCAGACCUGUAGUUUCAACUAAACAUGAAAUCGGGAGAUUUAGCCACCGAUGAUUCUCCGAAGUCUUAUGGGAUGUUUCAUCCCUGUUUUUGUUUUUCGUGUCGUUUAGAAGUACUUGAUACGUAAUAGUCGUCAUGCUAAUAUCGAUAUGUACUUUUGAAAGGGAAGUGAAGAGUUACUCAAAGACGAUUGAAAUACUUUUACUAAAUAGCAAACAGAGUUUAGUAUAUAUCAACUCAUUCGAACUGCUCCUUAUGCCAAAAUUUCUGAUUGUGCAAUUCAUUGAUAAUCUGUUUUAAGUAUGGUAUAGGAGUGCCAUGCAACCGCUCU